AUGUACGCCAAGUACACAAUUUUCGCCGUAAUGGCUUCGGCGCUAGUUAUGAGCGUCAUGGCAGCCGAAAUGAAAAUGGAAGCUCGGAUGGAAGAUUCCACUGAGUCACCUGUUGCCGACCUUGCGGUUAUUGACACUGAACUCAAAACAUCAACUGAACGUCCACCAGCCGCCUUGAAAAGUGAACAGUCACAAAAUGUCCAGCCUCAUACCGUCGCAGACUUUAUAAUUCAUCCUUUGAUCGCUUUCAAACCUCGUGCCCCAGAAGAAGAUGUGGCUGGUAAGCAAGCCGAUGGCGCUUCGUCAACGACACCUUCACCCUGGACACUGUUCGGCUUCAAUGCCGGUCAAGGCUUGGGUUCACAGGUCUCGUCUUCAGUGUCGAAUCUGGCUGGGUCCGUUAGUGGUUGGUUAACCGAUCGCAUACAAUUACCUGGUUUGGUAGAUUCCCCUGUACGUGAGUCCACCACGACCAGCACGACUACUUCAACCACCACAACACAACGUCCUGAUGUGGUGGUCCGUGUACAGCACAGAGGUUCGACUCGUCGACCACUUAUUGCAAUCACGAAUGACAAUCGCCCGCAACGUUUUCAUAACAACAACAAUGUGAACUUCGAAUCGGAUGAAGAGGAUGAUGAAGAUUUCGAUGAUGUUGAGUUUGAGCAAGUCAACAAAAAGAAGAACAAACGUAGAAACAACAAAAAUCAGCAAACCAAACGAAAACCAAUUCGUGACCAAGAAGAUCUCGAUGAUGUGGAAGAGGAAGACAUUCGUCCAGUGCGUCGUCCACAACAAAAGCGGCCCCAACAAAAGCGUCGUCGCCGUCCAGUCGUAAUUGAUGAUUUCUCCGAUGAAGAAGAGGAUGAUGACGAUGAAGCAUCAGCUGAACAUGACGAUGACGAAGAACUGGAAGAUGAUGUAAAUGUAGAGGUUGAAGAAGAAGAUGACAAUGUGCAACAAUCAAGCGUACGCCGUACGCAAAACAACAACAAACGCCGUCUUCAGCAACAACAACGACGUCGCCUAAAUGUUGGCAACCAACGCUUCAUUGUGCGUCGCGUACCAAAACCCAUUGAAAGCGAAGAGGUUGAAGAAGAUGAUGUUGACCAGAAAUUCUACUUUCGCAGCCAGAACGGACGUCCCUCAACCAAACGUUCUCAAAGUGAAGCAAAUUUUUUUCAACGCGGCCAGGAAAAUAUAAUAAACCAGCUACGUCAGCUGACCGGCGGUCGUACACCCGCAGAGGUUGGCGCCUUAGUACGUAAGUCCACAAAGCAGUCGGGCAAUAAGCAAAACCGGCGGCAACCGACCACUCUCUUGGUUAAUCGCAAUGGACAAACUGUCUACUUGGCGCCUGAACUUUUGAAUGCUGACGAUCUCCAAUUGAUCAACCCUCAAGUGCAACAACUUAAACAAAGUGCUACGAAAUUCCCACAACCGCCUUUGAGUGUGCCAGUUAAACGCAAAAAUGCACCCACCCAAUACAUAACCAUUCCUUGGUCACAAUUGGGCAUCGCACCACCCGAUCAAUUGCACUCGGUAACCGAAGGUAUUCAAACCCAACCACUUAUUCUCAACAUACCAGCCAGCGCCCUGCAAACAAUGCAGAACCAAAGCUUGAAACGUAAGAAGCAACCAGUCAUCACCGCCGAAGCUGUGCCUCUCCUAGCUGAAGCUUCCAUAAUGGAUGUGUUCAAACCACCAAAAAUACCACAUGAUCGUCACACUACCGACUCGGCAACUCAAACCACUGCUGGCAGGCCCGUCAUCAUUGCGUCUCAAAUAAAGCCAAGCGCUGACAACACUGCCACACAUACCAUCCUGCCACAACGCAUACGCCCUGGCACUAUCGUAGAGAAGGCUCCCAACAGCGCUGAUAGUGCCCAAGAAAAUUCCGACGAAGAAGUUGCACCAGAAUCUGUGCGCAAUAUGGAAAGUGAAUACAUGCCAGGUCUGACACGUCACGUGAAACCCGCUUUUGCCGAAUCGCGUUAUGUCUACGGCUCCAACGCUUCACCCUACCUGGAGUUGUUGAAACAGCAUGGUCGCUACGCGUUCCGCAGAGCCGGACGUGAACUCGAAUUACCCGAAGCUAGCGAAUCGAACUCCAACAGCCAAGUGCAGCCCGCAAACGGUGAACAAUUGAUACCAGUGCAAAUCAUUAGCGAACCAGAAGUGACUGCACAACCGCAACAGGAAGAUACGGCGGCGCUCCCACUUGUGGAGGCGCAACCGCAAACGAAAUCGGAAGGCGUACAAGCUGAACCGGUUGUUGAAGUGCAACAGCAGUCGGCAGGGGAUGCUUUGCCCGCGAAUGUGCCAGUGUUGGAGAAUAAGAGUAACGAACCUGUGGAGGCUGCGUAA